AUGGGCAAGGUGAAGGAUUACCUAAGGGGUCGAGUUGUCGAACUAUUACCAAAGCGCGAUUUAAAAUGGAAAGACGUUCGUCAAGAGAUGAACCCAAUACCAGUUCUGCGGUUGAUCAACUCAAGAACUUGGCUUUUCGUUUUGAGUGCAUUUGGGUCUCUUACUAUUGAGGCAACGGACUUUUUUAUAGUUGCAUUAAAUGUUAAGAAGCUCUCGGGGGAUUUCAACGUGAAAACGGCGAGUAUAACGUGGGGUAUAACGUUAGCAUUGAUGACCAGGACAAUUGGUGCGGUCAUUUUUGGGUACGUGGGUGAUCGUUAUGGGCAGAAAACGUCGUUUUUAGUGAACUUGAGUAUCAUGAUGGCGUUACAGAUUAUCAUAGGAUUUGCGACCAGUUUCAGAUAUUUCUUGGCAUGCAGAGCGUUGUUUGGGAUUGCUUUAGGUGGUUGUUUUGGUACGGCCACUACUCAAUGCUUGGACGAUUUACCCAAGGAGGCAUAUGGUUGGGUGUCAGGUGUUUUCCAGCAGGCUUAUGCUCUGGGAUAUUUGUGCGCAGUUGUUCUAACAAGAGCUUUAGCGGAUACAACACAUAAAACUUGGAGAUCCUGUUUUUGGUUUGUCUCUGGAACAACAUUGAUGAUGUUAAUAUUUAGAACCAUGUUACCCGAAACAGAUGCCUUUUUGGAACGUAAGCGUAUUAAAGAGCAAAAGAAACUGAACAAUGAACAAACAACAAGCACCAUUAUGCAGAUAUAUCAAUCUUUUGUUAAGGAAUGGUAUAUGGUUAUCUACAUGGUGUUGCUAAUGAUAGGUUUCAAUUACUUUUCUCAUGCAUCUCAGGAUUUAUUCCCAACCAUGUUGACAAACCAGCUUGGGUUCUCUGCGGACAGAUCUACGGUGACUAAUUGCCUUGCCAAUAUUGGCGCUAUAACAGGGGGUAUUGUACUGCCACAUUUCUCCAGUUUAAGUUCCCGUCGUUUCAUUAUAAUCCUAGCCGUACUUUUAGCCGCAUGUGUAGUCUAUCCAUGGGGUUUCAUUCAUGACAACAGUAUCAAUGCCUCUGUGUUUUUCCUACAAAUGUUCGUUCAAGGUAGUUGGGGAUUGGUGCCUUUCCAUCUACACGCUUUAGCACCCGCUUCUGAAACACAGAGUUUCUUUAUCGGUGUCUCAUACCAGCUAGGUAACUUGGCGUCUAGUGCCGCUUCGACCAUAGAAAGUACUUUGGGUGAACGUUACCCGAUUAAAACUGAAUCAGGAGAAAUUUUACAUAAUUAUGGCUUGGUAAUGGCGAUAUUAGUCUAUGCAACUAUAGGCUAUAUGCUGAUAGUCGUAUUUUUUGGACCUGAAAGCAAUCCGAAUAGAACAGACUUAUCCUCAGACAUUGAGGAAAAGUCAGAUGUCAUUAUUUCGCUACAUAGUCAUGUUGGAAACAAGAAAGGCGAAUAUGAUGAUGGCAAAGAUUCGAUUUAG